ACAUGGUUUGGGUUAGUUUAGGAUGUUAACUCAACCCAGCUGAUAAUUUCUUCCCAAAUUUUGAGGAUGAGGGGGAUAUUUAGAGAACUUUCUCACAAUGGAGAAGAAGGAAACAUUACUAUGCAUGAAGAUCUGCCAAUGCCCACUCUUGAUGACAACAGUGUCUUGGUACAAGUGAAAGCCUGUGGCCUCUCCCUGGUCAGUGGUAAAGUGCUAUCAAGUCUAUUCAAGAAGGCGCCCAGAUCACAGCACCCCGUUGGUCAUGAAGUCGCUGGAAUUGUCACUCAUGUUGGUGAGGCGGUGACGUCACUGAAGACUGGAGAUGAUGUUGUGGGUAUACUUCCCUUGGACUCUCCCUAUCCUGGCUGUGCGGAUUUUGUAGCUAUCAAUGAAUACAAUGUCAUAAAAAAGUCCUCUGGUGUAAGCUACCUGGAUGCAGCAGCCUGUGUUGGUGAUGCUGUGAAGGCCUACACAGCUCUUCAUUACAUGGCACGUAUCUGCAGUGGUGACACUAUCCUCAUCCUAGAUGGUGCGUCGUCAUCUUCAAGCGUGGCCAUCCAGCUGGCCCAGAGUUGGGGAGCCAAGGUGUUGUCAACAGCAAGCACUGCAGAGGAGAGGCUGUACCUUGAGGGUAUCCAACCACCAUUGGCUCAAGUUAUAGAAACAAGUGCUAAAGGUGGUGUGAUAUUGAGUGGAGUAAUGGAGGAAACUGGUGGCAUUGGUGUCGAUUGUAUCAUCGACAAUGGAGUAAAACUGUUUACUAAUGAAGAGGAUGAGAACAUCGACGUGGAGACCCAUGAUUUCCCUGUCCCACUCAAACACGAGGUGAUAUCUAGUCUUGCGGUUGGAGGAAGAUGGGUCACUUCUCAGGCAGAUUUACAGAUUGACCCACCUGAUUCCCAGCUCCUCUACUUGAAGAGCGCCAACAUCUCUUACCUGUUCCAUCAGGCGUGGACGUUAUCACUGGGGCAACAAGGGCGCUAUCAACAUAUCCUCAAGGACAUCAUGAACAGAUUAGAGAAGGGGACGCUGAGGCCUAAUAUUGUUAGGACAGUGUCAAUGGAAUUUGCUGUGGAGGAGUUGAAGAGACUGUCGGAUAUUCGAGUGGGGAAGGUCGUCAUGGAAAUUUAAGACAAAAGACAGAUUUCAUAUAUUGACGGUGCUGUAUUCGUGAUGAUUCUCUAAAUAUGGAUAUGAAAGAAAGCAGGAAUGAUUAUGCUAAUUCUUUGCAUGUACAUGUAUUUUGAGGUAAAAGUUUGCUUAAGUGUUGCCUGUCUUGAUCCUAUCAAAUCUACAUUGAUGACAUGAAAUUUGUAUCCAGGACUUAUUCUAGUUUGACAUCUUCGUAUUAGUAAUUUCUGUAUUGCAAUAAAGUUCACAUCAUUCCCUGUAGAAGUCACUGUCAGAUAACUUGCCAAUGUACUGUGUCGGCUCUGGAGAGUUUACAGAACCAUUGUUACUUGUAAUGUUGCAUUUGUAUAGCUUUACACAAUGUAAAUAUAAAUAUAAAUAUG